CCCCCCCUCCCCCUCCUAAUACGCACCUGGAGUGCUCAUCCGUGACUUGCGGCAUGGAGACACCUGACUGAGACCCUCCAUCUCUCAGCAACCUUCUGAUUUCCCCGACCUGGUCUCGUCGAACUACCCUGAUCCCCCUCCCGCCUCAACCCAAACCAUGUUCCAGUCCUUUACGGGGAACUCCCGCCGUCCACGGCAAGUCAACCUCGGCGGCCGCAACACCAACCCCUUCGCCGCCUAUCCCUCCGGCCGACAGAAUCCUCACGGGCCCGGUCCCCAGAACACCCUGGCCGUCGCCCAGCAAGAGCGCCUCCUGAGACAGCAAGAGAGAGAGCGGUUGGGGUCGAGCCGGCUCAUCCAGCGGACGUGGAGGGGCUAUCGGAGCCGGAAGAUAACACGCAGGGCGUGGCGCACGGCGUGGGAUGUCUCGGAGAAGCAGGGCAAACAGGGCCUCCCCUCCUUCGAGGACCUCGCCCGACUCCCUCAUGCCGUCCUCCAGCAGCCGCAGCCCCUCCGAUACGGCUCGGCGGGGGAGUGCUUAUCGCAGCUUCUUCUGCUCGUCCAAUUCCUCGAGCCCUGGAACAGUAGCGAUGUCGCCCGCUUGGUGUACUUCUCCGAGGCCUUCCAGAGGACCCUGCAUGAAGUCCCUACCAUCGCCACCGAGGGGGAAUGGACGACGCCGCUGAAGCGUCUCGCAACCUUGACCCUUCGCGUGCUGCGGUCGGCAACAUCCCCAACCAUCCCGGCCUUCGCGGUCGGACCCCUUCUGCAGCUGCUCAUCUUCCUCACCGGCCUGAUCCCGAAGCAGAUGGCCCGACUGGCGAGUGACUAUUAUUCCGUUCUCGCCAUCCUCACGAAGAACGCCGAUGCCCUAUCCGAAAGGUGCAAGCUGCCGAAAGAGAGUCUGACUCAAGGCGCUCUCGCUUUGCUUCGUCCCAUUACCUCCGAAACUCUGACGGCCUACGAGUGGUUUGCUAGAAGCUAUCUCACGAUCCCGGACCUCUUGGCGUACAUAGGAAGCCUAGAUGUGUUGGCGAACAAUAUUAAUUACAAGUUGCUUACGUCCGCCCUGGGAGCGUUGCAACCGCUGUUUGGAGACCGCCCGCGGACCUCCGAGGACGUGGACGCCCGUCUGUGGCUGUUGGCUUACUUCAUCUUCUUUCAUCGCUACGCUCUGGGAAGCCAGUCGGGCCAGGCACCGGAGCCGGGUUUCGUGAAGGUGGUUUCGGAGCUGCUCAACUCCACCGCGGUACACAUAUCACGCCGCCUGGAGUCGGACGAGUCGAGCGACUAUGAUGACCCCCCCGAGCGAACCCCGCUGCACCCCUUCGUCAAGGAGCAGCUGGUCAGACUCGUGAACCAGAGUAGUAUCACGGGGCUUCUCUCGCAGCUCCAGUCGACUGGCCUCUCCCAGGGCGAGUUGGCGGAUGCGCAGUCGGACGCGUCGCGAGAGGCCAAGAUUCUCGCCACAUACGCCUUGACACUUCUGAGGGUGUUUCCUCGUCGGGGUGAUGAUAUUCGGAUGUGGCUGUACCUGGGAUCGGCUGCGUCCAGCGAUCAAUCGGGCUCCAGAAUACCCGCCAUCAAAUAUUUCUGGCAAGCGUCCCGGGCCAGUAGGAUAUUCGCUGCCAUCAGUCAAGACUCGACCAAGGUGCUGCCGCUGUUGAAGCCGGCGGACGACUCGCAUGAUUCUAGGUUCUCGAUACCCCAGACGGAGAGAGAUGAAGAGUGGACAAUCAUUCUUCUGUUCCUUGAGCUCUAUACAUUUGUCCUGAAGGUAAUGGACGAUGAGGAGUUCUUCUCCAGCGACUCGUCGUUUACCGCCUCGUCGAACUCGAGGGUUUCGUGGACCAAGGAGAGCGCACUGCCCCUGAGGGAUAUAAAGGAGAUGACGGCGUUCCUCAAGAAUCUGGGCUUCACUCUGUAUUGGAAUUCGGCCGAUCUGAGCGAGAAGGAAACCACACAGGAUAGUGCGGGGAUUCGAAGUUACUUCACCUCCUUGUCGGCGCCAUCCGAUCCCAUUGUCAGCGUGAGAGACAUCGAGAUGAAGAACAAGGAGAAGGGGCUUCCGGGGGUGACAGGCAUUCCGCUCGACUACUUCAAGGGCCUGGUCACGGGCCUGCUGAGAAUGAUCCACGAGCGCGAUUCGCGGCGCAAGUUCCUCCCUGACGGCCACUGGCUGAUGACCAGUCGGUUCGACAUGGAAGGUUUCAUCCCUGCUGUGGUCGCGGAGGAGGAGAACCGGCAUCAGCUCCAGGACGAAGACGAAGACGACCAGCAAGAUGACCUGAUGAGCGAUGCCUACUACGAACCGUCCUUGGGUCUGGUUGGGACCGGCCGCGCCCAGCAGACCCGUCGGAUCGAGGCCCUCCGGCGCCGCCAGCAGCAGGCAACCCGCAGGAAGCAGUUGGAGGCCGUGGCCCCUCGGCUUGAGAUCCUCCGGAACAUGCCGUUCUUCAUCCCCUUCCACACCAGAGUGCAGAUCUUCCGCGAAUUCAUCUACCGCGACCAAGCGCGUCGCAGGCAGGGCUUUAUUGACCCCGAUGCCUGGCGGAUGUCGGUGGCGCAGACCUCGAUGGGCCGUAUGGUUGACGGAAGGCCUGCCGUCCAAGAUAUCCUCAGCCGGCAUCACGCCAAUAUUCGACGCGAAAGCCUAUUCCAGGAUGCGUUUGAUGAGUUCUACGAGCUGGGGGAGGGACUAAAGGAGCCCAUCCAGAUUACCUUCAUCGACAAGUUUGACACCGCCGAAGCCGGGAUCGAUGGCGGAGGUGUCACCAAGGAGUUCCUCACUAGCGUGACGAGCGAAGCCUUCAAAUCGACGAAUGACACGAAUCUGUUUGAAGAAAACGACCAGCACUUGCUCUACCCCACCCCAGCGGCCGUCGAGCGGCGGCGAGAGAUCCUGCGCCGGCUGGGCUACAUGGAGAACAGCCCGGACUGGAACGAACACAUCCGCAAUCUCCUCCGACGCUACGAGUUCCUCGGACGCAUCAUUGGAAAGUGCAUGUACGAGGGGAUCUUGGUGGAUGUCAACUUCGCCCCGUUCUUCCUGCUGAAAUGGGCUUUGACGGGUGGGACGAGCUCCGCUCAACGCGAGACAGCCUACCGGGCCAACCUCAAUGAUCUGAAGGACCUGGACCAGGGGCUUUACCAGGGCUUGCUGCAAUUGAAGAACUACACCGGGGACGUGGAAGACUUUUCUCUGAACUUCACCGUGACCGACACGAUCCCUCUUCCGGAUGGCGGCAACCGCACGAUAACGCGGGACCUGAAAGCCCAGGGGUCCGACAUUCCCGUGACGAACCAGAACCGGCUGGUGUACAUCUCCUACAUUGCCCGGUACCGGCUGCAGGUGCAGCCUGCGCUGCAGACCAACGCGUUCCUGCAGGGGCUGGGGCAGAUCAUCCAGCCGUCGUGGCUGUCGAUGUUCAACCAGACGGAGCUGCAGACCCUGGUGAGCGGCGACUCGGGCGACAUCGACGUUGCGGACCUGCGACGCAACACGCUGUACGGGGGCGUGUACACGAUCGGCGACGACAAGGAGGAGCACCCUACGGUGAAGCUCUUCUGGGAGGUGAUGGAGAAGAUGUCCAACGAAGAGCGACAGAAGGUGCUCCGAUUCGUGACGUCGACGCCCCGGGCUCCCCUGCUGGGCUUCAGCCACCUCAACCCGCACUUCAGCAUCCGCGACUCGAGCGAAGACCAGGAACGGCUUCCCAGCACGAGCACCUGCGUCAACCUGCUGAAACUCCCGCGCUAUACCAACGCCCACACCCUGCGCGAGAAGCUCCUGUACGCGGUGAAUUCCGGGGCGGGCUUUGAUCUGAGUUAAUGGUGGUAAGGAAUACUUUGGGGAUUCUUUUUUUUUUCUGAGUUGCAUAGCUGGGCGUGGGCGUCUGGGUCAGGCGUGUCAUUGUUUCCUUUCUUUUUUUUCUUUUCUGUCUUUCUUUGACAUUUUGUCUCUUGAUUGUUUGCACAGUUUCAGGAUGUAGGGUGUAUUUACAGCCGAGGGGGGUGGGCUCUGGGGUAUGGUACAAAGUAGGUAAGGCAGGUAGGUAGCACCUUCUCGGGCCCGGGCAGUGUCGUGUCAUGUCAUGCACCGCAUAGAAGUCAAUAAUAGAAAUUCUCUUUAUG